AUGACCAAGGACUCGCCUAACCCUUCCGGUGGCAGCCGCGCGACACCCAAGAAGCUGGAAGUGCUGGCGCAACUUCGCUGGGAGACCGACGGCGAGCAGGCCUCGCGCAUCCGCCACCUGCAGGCGGCGCUGGACGUGGAGCGACAGCUCUUCCUCAAGUACAUCCUGGAGCACUUCCGCUGGCACCCGGUUUUGCCCGGGACCCCAGAUCCCCAGGCGGUGCCUUCUUCGGAAGAACCGCACCCCGAGACCGCCAGCGACUCUCACCGCCCCCUAAAGUCCCCCAAAGUCCCACUCGAAUCCUUUGAUGGCCUGAGCGCCGGCGUUCGCGUGCGCUCCCGCUCCCUCGAAAUGGUGCCCGCAGCGUGCUCCAACUCGCGUGACAACCUGCUCCCCACGCGCUCCGGCUCCCUCGAUUCCUUGGCACCAGCGCGUUCCCACUCGCUCGACAGCCUUCUGGGUCGUCCCAAGGCCCCCGAAUCCGAGGAGCGGGCUUCCUCGGCAGACACUUUCAUCUUGGGCUUCCUGAGUCCGCCCCCGCCGCCGCCGCCGCCGCCGACGCCGCCGCCGCCGCUGUCACCACCGUCGCCGCCGCUGUCACCGCCACUACCACCAUCGCAGCCCAGGGGUCCUAGCGACCGGACAGGAGAAGACUCCAGGAGCCAGCCCGGCGAGGCCCCGGCCCUCUCGCCGCUGAGCCUGGAUUACCAAGAGCUUGUGAAGCAGAACUCGGAAUUGUCCGAGGCGUUGCAGGUGCUGGCGCGCCGCUGCUCUGACCUGCUGGACGAGAACAUGCAACUGCGGCGCACGGGCAUCCCAGACCCGGCGGACGAGAAGGUGAAGCGGCUCAAGGUGAAGCACGCAGAGCUAACAGGCCUGGCCCGCCGCCUAGAGGACCGGGCCCGCAAACUGCAAGAAACCAACCUCGUCCCGCCCGCUGAUGGGGUCGCGGCCAGCGCCCGCAGCGCCCUGGCGGAGCCGAGCUGCCGGAGCGCACCCGGCGAGGGGGCGCGGUGCCAGGUGCAGGCGCUGGAGCGAGAGCUGUCGGCGCGGAGGCAGGAGUGCCAGGAGCUGGGGGCCCAGGCGGCGGCGGCUCGGCGGCGCGGCGAGGAGGCGGAGGCACAGCUGCAGACCGCGCUUUGCGAGGGCGCCUGGCUGGCCAAGGAGAACGCGCGGCUGCAGGCACAAGCCGACUGGACGCGGAAGCUGGCGGCCGAGAAUAACGACGUGCGCGAGCAGCUGGGCCGCGCGUGCCAGGAGCGCGACGCCACCGAAUUGCUGGUGGAGCAGCUGCUGCAGCAGGCGGCGCGCGAGCAGGACAAGCAGCAACAGCUGCAGCGUGACCUGCAGAAGGCAUUGUGUGAUCUCGAGGCUGCCCGGGAGGAAAUGGGGGUGCUGCGGUGCCAGCCUGGUCACCAUCCCCAGCAACCCCCGGAGACCUCCCAAGCCCCGGAUUCCCAAGGCAGGAAGAGCAGAAGGACCCGGUUCCAGCCAGCGCCUGAAGACCAGGCAUCUCCACAGUCCAGCAGAGACGAACAGGAGGAGGACGCCUCUCUGCUAGAGAGCCCACUUGCCCUCGGGGAGCCAGCCAGUGCCCCUCAAGGGCCAGACAGAGUCCCAGCCAGCCAGCCUCUGGACUGCAGACCCCAGGCCAAGAAAACCAGCAACCAGUCCAACUCCUCCUCUGAGGUGGAAUCUGUGUGGGCCACCGUGCCCUCUUGCCUUACUCUGGACAUGGACACGGCCAGUGAGGUGGAGGAUCUGGAUCCUGACAGUGCGUCCUUGACCCUGGAAGUGGGGGACUCAGAGACCCCCGCCGCCCCCAAGCUCAAAAUCUUCCUGGUUCGAUAUAGCUACAACCCAUUUGAGGGGCCCAAUGAGCACCCCGAGAGUGAGCUGCCCCUCACAGCUGGCGAGUAUGUGUAUAUCUUCGGUGAGAUGGAUGAGGACGGCUUCUAUGAAGGGGAGCUUGAGGAUGGCCGCCGGGGCCUGGUGCCCUCCAACCUGGUGGUGCAGAUUCCAGACAACGACAUCCUUGACUGCCUGCCCCCAGAGUCCUCGGACCCUGGCCCCCCUCAGCUCCCAGCCGGACAGGGCAAAACCUCAAAGGAAGACAUUAGUCACAGCUUAUUGCCUGGGGAAGCUCAGGGGCCUGUGGACAGGGAGACGUGCCAGAUGGUGAGGGCGGCCUCCAAGACAGAAGUGGCCAUGGAGACCUCAGACACCAAGACGGAAGAUGGCUGGCUGGGCUCACUGCAGAGUGUGGAGGAGCAGGGCUUCUCCGGACCCCUUCUAGGGCCCAAAGGGGUCCCUUGUGUAGCCCCCAAACAACUACGCCUGCAGAACGUUGUGGCCACAUCGGCCAAGAUCGUCUGGGUCUCCAGCAGCUGCUGCCGCCCACACAUCGUGUAUCUCAAUGACCAGAAGCAUGCCCUGACCCCAGCAGGUGUGAGCAGCUACACCUUCCACAACCUGCAUCCCAGCACCCGGUACCAGGUGCAAGUGGAGGUGCAGCUGCCGUGGGACUCCAUGCAGGUGCGCUGGGAAACCAUGUCCUCCGCUCUCACCUUUGACACGCCCUUGGCAGGACCCCCGGACCCUCCACUGGACGUGCUGGUUGAGCGUCACACCUUACCAGGCCUCCUGGUGGUCAGCUGGCUCCCCGUCACGAUCGACUUGGCCGGGUUCUCCAAUGGAGUCCGGGUCACUGGCUAUGCCGUGUAUGCCGAUGGGCUCAAGGUUGCCGAGGUCACCGAUGCCACCGCUGGCAGCACCCUGUUGGAGUUGUCCCGGCUCCAGCUGCCCGUGAUGUGCCAGAAGGUCUCGGUGAGAACCGUUUCGCUUUGUGGCGAGUCACUGGAUUCGGUGCCGGCCCAGAUCCCCCAGGACUGUCUGAACUGUAACCGAUUGCCAGAGACCUCUCCCUUUAUUUACACCCCUGGCGACCAGUCCCCGUCCAGAAUCACCGUCCCUGUCUGCCCUCAGAGGCUGGCGCUGGCUCCACCGAGUGCCAAGGCUAGUUCCCACAUCCCCCGAAGCGGUGGGGGGUCCCUAGAAGCCUUCCCCGAAGAACCCCCGAGGAAGCACACCCCGAUGCCCAACCUGAGUCCAGAAGGAGAAUGUCCCGGUGCAGGGGCUGGCAGCCAAACCCAGGGGCCGGCGGAGGCCUGGGAGGUCUGCAGAAAUGACCUACUCUUUCAGAAGAGUCCUCGGAACCACAGGCCACCUCUGCACCGUGGCCAAUCUCGGGGGGAGGAAGACGGUGACUGGCACAUGGACACCAGCCAAAGCCCUGCUCUGGGAGUCCUCCAUCUGUCCCCCGAGUUUGCACCCAGGAGAGAAGCCUGUCAGGAAAGGGCUGCCCUCGAGAAGGUCCUGAGGCAAAAGCAAGACGCCCAAGUGUUCGCACCUCCCCAGACAGGCAGCCGCCAACGACAUAUGUCUGACUUCCAUGACAGUCUGCAGCAGGAGGAAGAGGCAGCCUGCUUCGGCCCAUGGGCCACAGAGAGGCAAGAGCAGAGAAGGGAGCUUGGGGCGCAGAGCAGGCGAGGUCAGGCUCUGUGGGGCAAGAGAGAGAGCCAGCUCCACGAGCCCCGCUCUGCGCCCUGCCCAGCUUCGUCCAGCAAAGUCCUCACGGUGUCCGGGGGAGGCCCCCCACAGCUGGAGGCGGGCCGGGACACCGCGGCCAGGGUCUUUGUGGCGCUCUUUGAUUAUGAGCCCCUGGUGAUGUCUGUCAACCCCGAGGCUGCAGAGGAGGAGCUGGCCUUCCAGAAAGGGCAGUUGCUGAGAGUGUGGGGCUCUCAGGACGCCCACGGCUUCUACCGUGGGGAAUGCAACGGUCAAGUGGGCAACAUCCCUGGGCAUCUGGUGGCUGAGGUGGAGGACGGUCUGGAGAGGACUGAGAGCAGGUGGCAUUUGCCAGUGCAAGGGCACCUGCCCUCUGUGGCCCACCUAGAUGAAGUUGGGGGGCUCACCAUCCCCCAGGACUCCUUUCCCCUGCCCCAAGGGAACCCCAGGGGAGCUCCACUGUGCACUCGAAUGACCAUGAUGGCAGCUCUGGACUAUGACCCCAAGGACGGGUGGGCAGGGGGCCAGGUGAAGGGCAAGCUGUCGCUGAAGGCUGGGGACCUGGUGACAGUCUACGGGCCUGUGGAUGACAGGGGAUUCUAUUAUGGGGAGUCAGGCGGCCUCAGAGGUCUUGUCCCAGCCCACCUGCUGGAUUACAUGGCCCUCCAUGAUGAGUGAGCAAGGCUAUCAGAGGGGGUAGUGGCCUCUGGCCAUCCACGCCCCGCCAGAGGAGAAGCAAGCACACAGACCCUUUCGCCAGCACCCCUCCUCGCCUCCAAGAGCACCACUGUGUGAACCCGAUGGCAGCCUCCCGCAUCCGCAGCCUCUGAGAGCAGCAGGGCUUCCGUCUGAACUCAGAUGUCCCC